UCACAUCACGACGGUUCGCUUUCAAAAACGAAAACCCAUAAUAAACAGCUGCUUUGGGCGCUCUUUCGUACCGUCUGUCACGUCUUGUCGAAUAAGGAACCGCAUAAACAAACAAAAUGCGCACUUUCUGGCUGUGAUUUCUAAUCGUCGUUUACCAAACGAGACCAAACGGAACCCGCAGUAUUCUCAAGUUUAAAACAAACUCCGGGAAAAGUAAGUGCAUCAAUCAAAAUGGACCCCAACACUUCCGGCAUGUUGUCUAAUCCAGGCCAGUGGAAACGGCCGGACGAAAUUCUGAGGCUGCAGCGACUCAAACAGAAACAGAAAGCUCUGCAGGCACGACUUCAGCGACCGUCGUCGACGGACUCGCGGACGACUUUUUCGACUCCGGGAGAGUCGGGUCAGGACCCGUUCGCCGGAAGUCAGAAACGGAAGAAUCCAUUCUCCAGAAAUGACGACUCCACAGCCAAGAAGCAAAAACAACUUGAGGCGGAUCUGGUGAACGAUGAGAGCAUUUUUGAGCUGCUCAGUAAAAGCACUCCUAAAGAGGUGCUGGCCAUCGAUGCUCCAGUUCCAGCCAAACCCCUUGAACCUCGCUUUCACAUCGAUCCCCAGCAACAGCUGAUCGUGAGCCCAAUGCCAGAGGUUUCUACGGAACCACUCCCAAAGCCCAGUAAAUAUUUGCCCAUCGAUUGGAGCAUCAAAAGUCGCAUGCGAUUACUUUGUAAAACUUCUAUCCCGGGUAAUAACCUGAGAACUAAUCAGGAGGCCAGUGGCUUGACGUCUUUCGUGCGUUGCAUCGGAAUCAAAGAUUCAUCAGCUGGUCUGGACAUUUCGCCUGGUGCGAGAUUCUAUCAAAGUACACUCUACUGGCAGCACCCUCACUUGCCUUGGCUCACAUUGUUCCCUAGGAACUCCAAAAAUAACAAUGGAAUCGUGCUUGGAGAGCCAGAGCGAGCAGCCCUGGCCAAAGAGUGGGCUAUCAGUUUUCGAAAUUUGUUCCAGUUGGUCCGGGCCAGGCAGUGUCCGUACUUUUACGUAUGUGCAAACAGUUUCACGGUUCUUUUUCGGGCUGCUGGCAUCGGAGGACGAGUCGAAACACACGCUCUGUUGACACCAACUUCACGUGGUAUGAGAGCCGCUUUGAGACAGGAGGAUAUUGAAUUCAGCUUACCUUUAAAGAAAUCGCAGGACCAGAAACAAGAUUUGAACCGUUCUGGAGAGUCUGGUAUAUGCGUAAACAACGGAAGUUUUUCAAAUUCCUCUGAAGAGCAAUCGACGAAUACCCAAAUUGAUGAGGACCCGGAUCGUGACGAUGAAGAUGACGACGACAUGGAAGAGGAAAAAUGGCUCGAAAGUCUUGGCGUUGCCGCGGAGGAAAUCAAAAAGAUCAACUACAAUCAAGCAAAGAAGCUUCAGAAUCGCGAAUGUGACGAAGACUACAGCGAUCAAUCCACAGUCCUCAUCGAAGGUGUCGAAUGUCAAGCCUUCUUCAACUUCCUGCUCAACGCCAAGAGUACUACAACGAAGGUUGGUCGCCUUGCCGGGGUUCCACCGACUCUGCUGGCGCCGGUCUCAUUUGUGGGAGCUAGCCUUCGAACUUUAACCACACGUUCCAGCAAAAUACGAAUGGAAGGCGAAGACUAUCACAGCACAGAAUUGCAGGGCGUCAUCCUGCCCCAUGUGCUUCCCUAUCUCUGUGGACUGCUCACGGAAACAAAGGACAACUUCAGCUCAACGCUAGCUUCCGUCCCCAGUACAACGGCUUUCUGCAGAGUGUCACAAAAGCUGAUCGACGAUGCUGAUAAAGAAAACGCCGCGACUGCCAUCGGUGAUCAGGUUCUGUGGAAGGAAAAUCUUUCCGAUAGUGGCCUUUCCGAGCACAUUCUCGAAACAAUGUGCCGAGCCAGCAAGGAUUCCGUUAAGGAUCUAGAACGAAUGGUCUACAACAAGGAUUCCGGUGGUUAUACUUGGAGUUGAGAAAAAGUGCGAAAAAAAAAAAUAGAAUUCUAUUGCCUAA